GCAAAGGACUCGGCCGUGUUUCGGCGCCGUUAAGGUUACUUUGCGUUAAGUGGCAGAAUGCGCUGGUUCUGAACCCGGAAGCGGAGGUUGUUGUGGAAAAACAGCUGUAGAAGACUUUUUAUUUCAAAGAGAUGUUCAACUUCUUAAGGAAAAACCAAGAUAGCAAGAAGGUACUGGUGACAGAAAAAGAAGCAGAUGGAUUUAUUAUCCUUGAUAAAAUAAUUAAUGAAGAAAUAAAUAACUCUACAGAUAAAACUUCAGUGACUGGACCUGAGUGCGUUCAGACUUCACAGACAAAUUCAGACAACAGAUUACAGUUGACUGAGACGGUCACUGAGGUGGGGAAGGAGAAAAAUCAACAUAUUGAAAGCACUUCUAUGGUGGAACUUCUCAGUGAUGUACCUUUCACUCUUGCACCUCAUGUGUUGGCAGUACAAGAUACCUGUAAUGACUUGCCCAGACAGUUGCUUUCCUGUGAUGUCACUGACAAUCUAACAAGGUUUUGGCUGUGCAGCUGUUCCGGAGUAGCCUUUAAAAGGCAAGCAGUUUGUUGAUUGCAUUCAUCUCACUUGCACUUUGACUGUAGAAGUAGUAAGUAUGCACAUUGUGAAAUUGGUUAAUUUUGUCAGAACAGAAUUUGGGUUAAUUUAUGUAACAUUAAGUACAACUUUGAGAAAUGUUUAGUAAUAUAUACACAUUGAAGUAGCCACUUUACACUUUCACACUGUGGAUUUCUCCCUCCUUUGGGGGUUUCACACAGUAUUUCCUGGGGAUUCAGCAGUUUUUCAUUUUCCAUUUAAUGCAGGCUCCACAUGUGUUCCUGGUUUAUAUGUUGAUCAGUUUUUCCAUUGCAAACUUCUGUAUCCACAAGAGAAAGAUUGAAACCUGGUUGUGUGUGCAUUUAUAUUUUCUUACUAGUUUAUAACUGUUCAUUUUUCAAUAUGUAUGAGUAAGGAUAAAUAAUUGAUCAGAUUUAUUUUUUUUGGAAAAGAGGAAAUAGUUUCAUGUCUAAAUAAAAUAGCAUUGUAUCCAUAUUGUGAUUUCAUAUGUCUUUAUUCUAAAUAAAUCCUAGUUAAACUUCCUUUUGCUCACUAUUUUGAUAAAUAGUCAAACCUCCACAUUUAUGAGGGUUAGAGGGUAGGACCCACACAAAAGUGGAAAAACUGCAAAUAUCUCUAGCCUGCCCCCAAACCUUAUUACUGUUGCCCCCCUCUUAAUACUGUUGACCAUACAUGUACUGUAUUGUCUCUCCCUCCCUCUGUUAGCUUACAGUGUUGAUAUGUACACUUACCAGUUAAUUGAAAAACAUUUUUAAUUUUUAAAAUACCACUCAACAUAUGUCUAUGUGAGGAUAGGCUAAUAGCCACUUCAACUUGCGAGAAACACAAAUUACACCACACACUAUGAGAUAAAACACAUGAGUGAGGCUGGCUAGUACUGAGAAAAGAGCAUGGCAUCUCCAAACAAAGUCUGUAGUCUACAGUUUUUGUUACAUUUUCUAGUCUAUGCACAUCAUCUGUGAUUCUCCUCAGUAACCCUUAAAACUCCAGAACAAUUCCAAUUUAAUUAUUGAUGGCAAACUUGCAAAUAAAUCCAUAAUAGUUAAACCUGAGAAAGUCAAGGUUCAACUGUAUUUGAAAUACUCUUCAUUAUGCUGGAAAUUUAUUUAUAUUCAUUUGGAGUCAGUGAGAAGGAUAUAUCAUUUAUACUGUUCCAGAGAUAGGUCUUUCAGAGCAAAUGUGCAACAUGGUUAUUUAAGAGCAUAAAUUCAGAUUUUUCAGAUUACUUUAAUGUGCUGUGGUAACAAAUCUGUUUACUUAAGAUUCAGUUCUAUGUAUGUUUAGGCAGAAAAGAGUCCUACAGUUCCCGGCAUGCCCCAGCCAUCAUAGUUGGCUGGGGCAUGCUGGUAGUUACAUGCCUUUUUUCCUGUAUAAAUAUGCGUAGGAUUAUGAACUUAGAUAAAUUGCUUAUGUAUGCAUGCUCCGUGCCAUGUUUGAAAAGCUGCUCAUUCUAUAAGCUAUUCAGUGGCAGAUCUAGGUGUGCCAUAUGUUUUUUAUAUAAAAAUUAUGGUUAAAUGUCCUAUCCCUUUGGCACCUGUAAGAUAAAGUCCUUGCAUGUUGUAUAUGUACUGACUGUGUUUAAUUAAAUCAUACAUGAUAUACUAGAGUGUUUUUUUAAGUAAAACUAAUAAAGAAGAGUUACUUUUCAUUGAAUAAUUUAUAUAAUCUCUUGGAUCAUCAGAUUUGUACUAAAUUUGAUAUUUGCAUAUAUAGCAACACCACUCUGAUUAUAUUCAAAGAUACCUUCUAUACCUAGAGGAAGGAAAUAAAAAAAUUCAGUAGAGUAGUUACAAUGUAUAUCUAUUUUAUGUCCAUCAAAGCUUAAUCCCAAGUCAUGUGCUGUAUGCUGACUCUGCUAACUUUCAGUUAGUUGAAAUUAGGCAUAUUAGGCAUUUAUGCCUUUAAAUUAGCCUUUAUAAUGCCUAUAAUGGCUUUAAAUUAGGCAUUAUAUUUUGUCAUGUUUGAAGAGUGACGUAGCCACUAUUGUUAGCUUAACUCUCAUAAAUAUUUGCCAUUCUGCUGCCUAAAAAUUACUUCCUAGCACAUCUGUCUAUAUCUGAUAACAUUUCAAGUUACAUGCAUGUUAAAUAGACUAGCUAUGUCUUCUCUGCCCCCUAUCUUUUUGUUAGUAUGAGUUUCUAUUAUACUUUCCAUGAUACUUAUCAAUAGGUUUUGCAAUAUAUGUAUUUGAUGUCAUUCUUAUAGACACAAAUUGGCACAACAAAGGUGCUCAGUUGAUCUUAAAGUGAAAAGAAUUUUUUAUUGUGUUGCUUCUUCUACACUGCCUUGGGAACAUAUUUUGGGGGAAAAAGUAAAGUGUUAAUGUAAGUGCUAAUAAAAUACAAUGUUUUUUCUGAUUGUCAGUAUUGCUACUGGUUGUUUAAUAAAUAGCAUGCUUCUUUUUAUUAUUUUCAUUGCACUUACUGUCUUGGCUGUUAUGAGUUUGUUACUGUAAAUCACUGUAACAGCAUCUGCCUGCUGGGCAAUACGUACCUAGAAUAAAAAAAAAUGUAAAAAGAUAUGUAGA